AUGUAUGGACUCCAUAACUCUGCUUCGGCAGUGAUAAUCCAGGUUUCAUGCUUUUAUGUUCUUCAAAAUAUCAUACCAGCCACCAUCCUCAUCACCACACGCAAGGGAUCACCCCUCCGCUAUCUUUGCAUUCCGUCGAUGAUCUGGAUCGCCAGUCGAUUUGUACACCCUUUCGGCUCAUCUAGAAGUCCAGCAUGGUGCCAGGCAGUGACGCAGCUCAUCAUUGCGACGUUCCAGGCAAUGGACCUCUUGCUCAUCAACCCUCUUGAUGCCAAGGAUAUCUCGUAUGGCGAAGACAAUCUACGGCACCGAUUUGUCAAAGCAGUCCGUUUGAUUGCCCAGACACGAGCUAUCAAUACACCCUGGCAAGUGAAGCAUGUACCCUCUCACCCAAAAUAUUACAUUCGACGUGGGGGCCAGGUUCCAAGUCGCCGCCUAUUCUUGCUGCGACAACUAUCGAUCGUCCUGUGGCAAUAUCUUGUUCUCGACAUCGUGCAACUCGCAUCAUCGCGGCAAACACUUGAGCGCGGGUCCUCCGAGAAUGUGACAUACACCGCUGAGUGGGUUGCGCCUGUGGGACAAUGGGCGGAAAUAAUUGUUACACAUCUUUCCAUAUGGCUCUUGGUCAAUCGUCUGAUCGUAGAUCUGGUCUACCGUUUUCUGUCAAUCAUAUUUGUUGGGAUCUUCAAAGAUUCCCCUUCAGACUGGCCUCCGGCUUUCGGGAGUAUAGUCGAGAUAACCACUCUGCGUGGCUUUUGGGGGCAUUUCUGGCAUCAAUUCAUGCGCCGGCCAUUUACUUCUGUCAGUAAUUACGUCACGCGGAAUGUGUUGAACCUCCCACGCUCGUCAAUACUGGAGCGGUACACGAAUCUUUUCAUUGUCUUCUUCGUAUCCGCAGUAUUCCAUGUUGUUGUCGACAUACUGCAGAGUAUACCAAUGGAGAAAUCUGGUUCAAUGUCAUUCUACUUGGCAUUUGUGCUGGGCAUUAUGCUAGAGGAUGGCGUGCAAGAGGUUUGGAAACGCACAGGAUGUCCAGACGCCAGUCGAGAAGCGAUGGUCCAUCAUUCCACCAACAUCAUGUCGUUUUGGAAGCGUGCGAUCGGGUUUAUUUGGGUCACAAUCUGGCUAGGAGCUACCUCAACAUGGUACUUCGUUCCCAUGACUCAAUCUGCAACAGGAGAUUUGCACAUGGUGCCGUUGAGUGUCGCAAAUCACCUCGGCCUUGAGCCGCUGGUCGGGGUCAUAUUGAUUUAUGGAGCUGUGAUUGCCUUCAUUUUCGAAGUAGAAAUCUGA